ACGUUCAGAAAUUGAGGCAUCAAUAAGAAGCUUCGGUAACGAGUUUUGCAAUUUUGCUUUUCUCUUUUCUAAGAUGAAUCUUACGAGACAAAUAAAAAGAUUUAAUAAUUCAACAGUGCAUGAUUUCACCAAAUUUCUUUCAUUUCGCAAAAAAACCACACAACUUUCCAUCAAAGAUAAGAGAAAGUGGCUUCAGUCUGAAAAGCUUUAUGGACAGCCAACAUUUAAGACACAUCCUCACUUGUUAAAGGAGAAUGAACUUGUUCAGGGAAUUAAAUUGGAAGAAAUUGUAACAAGAAGAACUCGUUUGGCUGACACAAUCAAAGCUUAUUCGUCUUCUAAUCAUACCACAAUUAAGAAUCAUUUGAUUGUUAUACCGUCAGGAACUAAAAAGUUUAUCAGUGCUUCGAUUCCUUAUGUUUUCCGUCAAAAUUCUGAUUUUUUGUACCUUACCGGUUGUCUUGAACAAGAUUCGCUUCUCGUUCUAGAGAUUAAUGAAAAGUCGACAAAAAGUGUAUUAUUUUUAAGACCCAAAGACAAGAAUGCUGAACUUUGGGACGGUACAAGAACUGGACCAGAUAAUGCUAUUGAAUUAUUUGGUGUUGAUCAAGCAUUUCCUAUAAAUGGCUUUCAAGAUUUUGUUGAAAAAUUCAAGAAGCAAUCAGCCACAAUGAUUUGGUAUGAUGAGAAAAAUAGUGAUCAGAAAAAUCUUUCACAGAUAUUAAAUCCACCAAAAGAAGGCUUCGAAUGUCCUACAAAAUUUAUUCAUACACUCCGAUGGAUAAAAUCAGAAUCAGAGAUUGAACUUAUGCGCAAAACUUGUGAUAUUGCUUCGAACGCUAUUAAUUCAACAAUAAAAAAAUCUCAUCCACAAAUCAGUGAACAUCAAAUAUUUGCUGAAGUUGAUUAUCAGUGUCGAAGAAAUGGAGCACACAUGCUUGCAUAUCCACCAGUAGUUGCUUCGGGACGAAAUUCCACAACAAUUCAUUACAUCAAUAACACUCAAAUCGUAAAAGAUGGAGACAUGGUGUUGUUAGACGCUGGCUGUGAAUAUGGCGGCUAUUCUUCAGAUAUCACAAGAACAUGGCCAAUCAAUGGAAGCUUCACAGAUUCACAACGUGUUCUUUAUGAAAUUGUGCUUAAUCUGCAGAAAGAUUUGAUUAGAAAUUUAUUAAAUUCUGGUGGCUUAACACUCGAUGAACUCUUCGAUACUAUGUGCUUACGUUUGGGAAAAUAUUUACAAGAAAUUCAUUUGAUUCCAAGCGAUAAAAGUGGAUAUGAUUUAGCCAGAGCUGCUUAUAAAUUUUGUCCGCAUCAUGUGUCACAUUACCUUGGCAUGGAUGUUCAUGACACUGCGUUAGUCUCUCGUAGCAACAAGUUGGUUCCAGGAAACGUUUUUACUGUUGAACCUGGAAUUUAUAUGAGUGAAGAAAGACAAGAUGUGCCAGAAGAAUUUCGUGGAUUAGGCUUGAGAAUUGAAGACGAUGUUCUGGUGACACCAAACAUGAAAAUUGAAAUUCUUACCAGUCAAUGUGCAAAGGAGACUGCCGAUUUGUUAAAAUCAGUCAACAAUGAAUAAUAAAAUAAAAGUUUAGUAUUUAGGGUGGAACAUCAACA